CCGGGAGCCCGGGGACGGAGCGCACGGAGCGCGGUGCCCGCCGCUCCCGCCCGCGACAUGGAGCCCGUGGAGCCGCCGCGGCGGCCGCUGCUGCUGCUGCUCGGGGUGGCCGUCGUGCUGCUCUGCUCCGCAGGUCUAACAAGAAGCUUAAUUAUAACUUCAAUUGACCAAUCAAUGUUUGAAAAAGCACAAGGAGAGAAAGUUACGUUGCCAUGUUCUUUUGAACUCUCGGAGGAAGAUGAAGGCCCACUAGAUAUUGAGUGGGUAUUGAUACCAGCAGAUAAUCAAAAGAAGGAAACAAUAAUAAUUAUGUAUGCUGUGGACAGGAUUUAUAAUAAUUAUUAUGCUGCUCUGACUGAGAGGAUGGAGUUUACUUCUCCUGAUCCCAGAAAUGGUGAUGCUUCACUGGUUAUCCGGAAUUUAAAGGCAGCAGACACUGGCACGUACCAGUGCAAAGUGAAGAAAGCUCCUGGAGUUCAAAGCAGAAAAAUACAGUUGACUGUACUUGUAAAGCCAGCAAGAACUAAAUGUUCCAUUGUGGGACCACAGGAGAUUGGAAGGGACGUUACCUUGAAAUGUGCAUCACAAGAAGGAUCCCCACUUUUGUCUUACGACUGGAGGAGAGUAUCUGGCACACAUGAACUUCCUGCCACUUCCAUGCUGAAUAAAGAUACAGGGGAACUUGUUCUGAAAAAUGCCUCUCAAGAAUAUUCUGGUACCUACAGCUGUGUGGCCUCAAACAGAGUUGGCACGGAUGAAUGUUCCGUUCAGCUGAAUGUCACCCCUCCCGUAAAUACAGCUGGUAUAAUUGUUGGAGCUAUUAUAGGAACUCUGCUGGGUCUUUCUGUACUGACUUCUAUCGUCUUCUGUUGCUGUAAGAAGCACAGAGAGAAGAAAUAUGAGAAAGAAGUACAUCAUGAUAUCAGAGAAGAUGUUCCACCUCCAAAAAGUCGCAGUUCAACAGCUCGCAGCUACAUCGGCAGCAAUCGUUCUUCUCUGGGUUCAAUGUCUCCCUCCAAUAUGGAAGGAUAUACCAAAACUCCAUACAGCCAAGUCCCAAGUGAAGACUUUGAUCGUGCUCCUGGUCAAAACCCAACCUUUGCACCUUCAAAGGUAGCUGCACCUAAUUUAAGUAGAAUGGGAGCUGUUCCUGUGAUGAUUCCAGCACAAAGCAAAGAUGGGUCAAUAGUAUAAAAUAUUAUUAAUUUAAAAGCUGUUUUUUAAAGUGUUCAUUGUAAGUAUUAGAGGAAACUACUGUGUUCCAUCCCCCAUUUAAACACUGGCAUGAAAUCUUCCUUGAAGCAAAUGAACAAGUUAGUUUGAAAAGCCACCAAUUCUCAGAUUUAAUUUUAAACUUAUUAGUAUAAGACAGUUGAACUAUUUGCUAAAAGCGUUGAAGUUCCUAAAUAAAUAUUGGACACUGAAGGUAUUUGGACCUGUGGUAGGUUGCUGAAGAGACACUGACACUGUCAGCUAAUGUGCAGUUCUGAAUGUGUAACAGUGAGACAAAUGAGAAUUAACAAAAGUGUUUCAUGUGUAGACCAUGGAGUUUCUCAGAGUUCCUGUAACUUUAUCCUCAAUUAUGGAAUAACAGAAAUAUUUGGACUUGAUAUUGAACUCUGAUGAGUUGCAUGGGGCUGAAAUACUGAGGAUGACUUUGAAUUCUGUUCAUAUUUAUGUGGUUCUUUGAUCCAGUAAUGUUUGUUUGGAGCACUUGAGCUCUUACUUCAGGGGCAGCCAGUUAUUUAAUUGGUUCAAUUAGUUUAAUUAAUCUACUCUGAAUCUAAAAUGUCAGUGAGUGGAAGUGUGACAGGAGACCUUGCAAGCUCUUUGAAACAUGAAUUUAUCUGCAAUAACUAGUUCUAGUCACGUCGACUUAAUACUUACGUUAUCUGAUGCAAGAGGUCCUGUCAGGUUGUUGGUACCUAAGCUUUGAGAUCUAUAAAUCAACUAUUACUGUCACAGUGAGAAUGGAUUAUGUAUCUUUAUGCAGGUCUUUAAGUUAAUUGUACCUUGCAUUUUCCAACACCUGUUUAGAUACUAAGGCAGUGCUCCUAUUUUUUUUCCAAACCAAUUACCUAGAAGCUCCAUGGGGAUUUAAUGAGAGCUAUUAAGCUGUUAAGUAACUGGUAUUGGAUAUCUGUCCUCUAACAUCACUGUGGAAACAACUUUUCCCAUAUACAUGUAAGCAGUAGUCAGCCUUUACUCAAGAUGCUAAUGUCUUCCUGUAUGAAUUUGGAAGGAGUUUAAAGCUCAUUUCUCCUUGCCUCUUCAACAGCUCUAAAUAUUCUGAACCAACGUUCAGACUUUUUCAGAGCAAGAGUUUUGUGCAGCUGAGAGGAAAUAGUUAUCCAGAAUUGUUCAUUUAAAUCUCAUGUUUCAAAAUUAAAAGCGCUUCUUCCCAAUUUCGCAAACUUAAAGCAAUACAGGAGAAACAGAACAACUCUUUCUCUUACUUUCACAUGUAUUUAGGACUUCUUAUAGCUUCUGAUAACUGGUAUUACAUACCUGUGAAAGCUUAGUGCAGCUUGA